CCGGGGCAACGAGGUAAAAAUUUUAUUGACCAAUUUUUCAAUUUUUUAUCACGUCAGUUUGGCAUCGUACUCCAACGUAACAAGAUCUUACGUUCGUUCAUCUCACGCCUCGAUAUUUCUUUUUUUUUAAUAUUAUUUUUUCUCAAAAUGCGUGAGGUACUCUCCAUACACAUUGGCCAAGGUGGCGUCCAGAUGGGAAAUGCAUGCUGGGAACUUUACUGUCUGGAACACGGAAUCCAACCCGACGGAAUGUUGCCGCCUCAAACGUGUACAAACGACGAAGGUUUCCAGACAUUUUUCAGCGAGACCGGCGGCGGAAAAUACGUGCCCAGGGCCGUCUUCCUCGACCUGGAACCCACGGUCAUCGACGAAGUCCGUACGGGAACUUAUCACCAGCUGUUCCACCCAGAACAAUUGAUCUCCGGCAAGGAAGACGCUGCCAACAAUUACGCCCGUGGUCACUACACCCUGGGUAAAGAAAUAAUAGAGCUGGUACUGGAUCGCAUAAGGAAGAUCGCCGAUCAGUGUGCCGGACUCCAAGGAUUCCUAAUAUUCCAUGCGUUCGGCGGUGGCACCGGCUCUGGGUUCACGUCCCUGCUAAUGGAGCGCCUCUCCGUGGAUUACGGGAAAAAGUCGAAGCUCGAGUUCGCAAUCUAUCCGUCGCCCCAGAUCUCGACCGCUGUCGUAGAGCCUUACAACGCCAUUUUGACAACCCACACCACCCUCGAGCAUUCGGACUGUGCUUUCCUCGUCGAUAACGAGGCCAUCUACGACAUCUGCAGACGCAAUCUGGACAUUGAACGACCGACCUACACCAACCUGAACAGACUAAUCGGUCAGAUCGUAUCGUCGAUUACAGCCUCCUUACGCUUCGACGGUGCUCUCAAUGUCGACCUCACCGAGUUCCAGACCAACCUGGUACCCUAUCCCAGAAUUCACUUUCCAUUGGCGACCUACGCACCAAUCGUCUCUGUGGAAAAGGCCUAUCAUGAGCAAUUAACUGUCAUGGAACUGACCUCAGCUUGUUUCGAACCAGCCAAUCAGAUGGUCAAGUGCGAUCCACGUCGUGGUAAAUACAUGGCCUGUUGCUUGCUGUACAGAGGAGACGUCGUCCCGAAAGAUGUAAAUGCCUCGAUUGCUACCAUAAAGACAAAACGCACUAUACAGUUUGUCGAUUGGUGUCCUACGGGUUUUAAAGUUGGUAUCAACUAUCAACCACCUACCGUCGUUCCUGGUGGUGAUCUUGCUAAGGUGCAACGAGCUAUGGCUAUGCUGGCUAAUACCACAGCCAUUGCUGAAGCCUGGACGAGACUCAAUCGAAAGUUUGAUCUUAUGUUUGGCAAGAAAGCUUUCGUUCACUGGUACAUGGCGGAAAGUAUGGACGAAAGUGAAUUCAAUGAGGCCAGGGAGGACUUGGCAGCUUUGGAAAAAGAUUAUGAGGAGGUUGGCAUGGAUUCCAGCGAAGGUGGCGAAGGUGACGAGGAGAAUUAAUUUUAAGAAGAAAGUUUUAUACAAAGAGGCACAGGCAAAUCAUUACGUGCUUGUAGUAACGAAAAUCCAUAUUAACUUUGUGACAGAAGUCAAUGAAUAGGUUAUGUACAUAUACAUUUUUUAUUUUUCUAUUCUUUUUUUUCUAUUCCGUCUAUUAAUACGCUUCUGUCACAAAAAUACGUGAGAUGAACGAACGAAUCGACUGUACCAAACUUUGUAUUACUUUUAGAACUGUACAAUGUUUUGUCUAUGUACUUGUUUCUUUUUUUGUUGUUUUUUUUUGUUAUCAGUAUACUUUUUGUAGUGUUAUUGCCCAA